UAAGCCGAACUGUGAAAACCCUAGCGCCGGACGCUGCUGAUUCGCGACUUCCAUCCUUCGGGCAGGUGGUUUACUGCGCAGCCUGUGCGUGAUUCAAGACGAUGGCGACUGCGAAGAACGUCAAGGACGUCUCUCCUCACGAGUUCGUCAAAUCCUACGCCGCUCACCUCAAGCGCUCGGGAAAGAUGGAGCUUCCAGAGUGGACUGAUAUUGUGAAAACAGGCGUGUUGAAAGAAUUAGCUCCAUAUGACCCUGAUUGGUACUACAUCAGGGCUGCUUCCAUGGCUAGGAAGAUAUAUUUGAGGGGCGGUCUUGGAGUUGGUGGUUUCAGGAGGAUUUAUGGUGGAAGCAAGAGGAAUGGAAGCCGCCCACCUCACUUUGGAAAAAGCAGUGGGGCUGUUGCUCGUCACAUUUUGCAACAGUUGCAGGAGAUGAACAUUGUUGAGAUAGAUCCAAGGGGUGGACGGAGAAUCACAUCCAGCGGCCAGCGUGAUCUGGACCAAGUUGCUGGAAGGAUUGUCGUUGUCACACCAUAGAUUGAUAUAUUUUAGCUUUUUCCCAUGUCCACAUUGAAAUUCAGAAAUCAUUGAACAAGUUUUGGAUGAAAAUGUUUGAUGUUUUGACUCUAGCUGUUUGGCAUUUAUGUUGGGUUUUAAAUUAGAUGUAUCCUUGUGACAAGUGAUUCUCCUUUCCCUCUAUAUUUUGAACACUAUGAUAAUUACACUCAAAUGUAUGACCGUGAUGAA